AUGCUGCACCUGCUUUACUUCAGACAUGUGCUGGUAAACCCCAAAGAGCGCAAAGUGGUGGUCGUGGAGUCACUCCUCACGCCCACUCUUUUCAGAGAGACACUCGCCAAAGUCCUCUUCACACAUUAUGAGGUUUCAGGAGUCGUUUGGGCGGACUCUCCGCGGCUCUGCGCCCUGACUCUGGGAACUCCCGUCGCGCUAAUCGUGUCCAUCGGAGCGAAGGAAGCGGAGGUCGCCGCCGUGGUGCACUCCUGCGUGGUGCUUCACGCCAUGGAAUCCCAGCCCCUGGGAGCGCACGCGAUACACGCGGAGCUUCCGGAGGUUGCUCGGACGAGGACAACGACGCGGACACUCCGAUCUGCCCGACCUGGUCAUCGAGGACAUCAAAGUGAAGACCUGUUUCGUGGGCAGCCGCAGUCGCGCCCAGCCAGUGGGAGGCGGCGCGGGCGGCGCGCGACGUGCAGUUCGCGUGCGGCGAGCGCGGCCGACUGCGCGUGUCCGGCGCCACGCGCGAGCGAGCCGCCGAGGUGCUCUUCGCCAGGGACACACGAGCUCGCCUCCCUGCCCGACAUCGUGCUGCAGUGCAUAAUGCGGUGCCCGAUCGACGCGCGACGCGCCCCUCGCGGAGAACGUGCUGGUGGACGGGCGGCACGGCGAGCCUGCCCGGGCUGCGCGCGCGGCCUCGCCCAAGGAAGCUGCGGCACCUCGUCACCCGGCCGCCUUACGCGUCGCGGCUGCACGUGCGCGAGUUCAAGUUCCACGGCGCGCCGGCGCAGGACAGCGCGGCGGCGUGGCUGGGCGGCGCGCUGCUGGGCGCGGGCGAGGCGGGCGCGGCGCGCGCCACUCCGCGGGACGUGUACGCGCGCGCGCGGCGCCUGCGCGACUGGGUGUGUCUGCUCGACAAACACGCCGCCGCCACCCACCCGCACAGGGAGAACCUCGACAUAUAACGCGAUAGACUAA